AUGCAGGCUACAGACAAUACGUCACACGAGUCUGACUAUUCAACUGUGAACGAUUCACCUCAACUGUCUAGUAAAUUUCCCAAGUCGACUCAAAAAAGCUCACUACCUCAAAAGCCUCUCACAAAGCAUGACCAAGGAUGGCGACGCGUCGUCCGUAACUUCACACCUUCAUGGUUCUCCGUAACGAUGGGCACAGGCAUCGUGUCUAUUCUACUCCAUAAUUUACCAUAUAAUGGAGUCUGGAUCUAUUGGAUCUCCGUUGUUAUCUUCGCGCUCAACGUUCUCCUAUUCAGCAUGGGCUGUAUCAUGAGCAUCUUGCGAUAUACACUCUACCCUGAAGUUUUCCAUGUCAUGAUCAUGCAUCCGGUGCAAUCGAUGUUUAUUGGGACAGUUCCUAUGGGACUAGCCACGAUAGUCAACAUGUUUGUUCUCGUGUGUGUCCCUGUCUGGGGGGAGUGGGCGCGGUAUUUCGCGUGGGGGUUGUGGAUUUUUGAUGCUAUAAUUUCGGUGAUGACUGCACUGUCUUUACCAUUCGUCCUGAUGGCUCGUGGAAGCGAGACUCACCUGUCGUCGAUGACAGCUGUCUGGCUUCUCCCCAUCGUUACUUGCAUCGUGGCUGCCUCUUCCGGGGCCAUCGUGGCCGAGGUAUUACCCAACGAUCAGUAUGCACUAUGGACUGUGCUAGCUAGCUAUGUGCUAAGGGGAAUUGGCGUUCCACUCGCCUUGAUGGUUAUGGUGAUCUAUCUGCAACGCCUGACACUGCACAAGUUGCCAUCCAAAGCCGUCAUAGUCUCCGUCUUCCUGCCUCUUGGCCCGCUGGGACAAGGCGGAUAUGGAGCAAUGAAGCUGGGUCAAUGCGCCCGAGAAAUUUUCCCCAAGACGCAGACCCUUGAGCAGGCUUCGGGCCCGACGUUCUACACGCUCGGAUCCAAGAAGUUCCCUUUCAAUAUUGGAUGGUGGGGCUUUACAUUCCCGCUGGGGGUCUUUGCGUCGAGUACUGUUCAGAUGGGAACGGAGCUGCCUUCGAUAUUUUUUAAUGUCCUUGGGACGAUCAUCUCACUCUGUGUAGUUAUUCUCUGGAUGAUAGUAAGUGUUGCCACUCUUCGAGGCAUCGUAUCCGGAAAGCUCUUUGUUGCUCCCUGCCUAGGGGAUCUUCGAGUCGCAGAGGAAGUCAAGGAUGUCGGAAAAGCAGCAUAA